ACACAUGGGUGAUGUCAUUGAUUGUUGUGGGUCAGCUUAAUGAGUGAGGGCUCCAGUCCGAGUGGCGUGGGUGUCUUCUCUCUCUCAACCACCACCAUGACCCAACUUCAUUCUUCGAUCUCCCUCUGCCUUCGCCGUCGAUUCUCGGUGUCGACCACAUCGCCAAGCAGCUCAUCCGCGACCUCCGUCCCUGCGCAUCCACCCAGGCCGGUGAUCGAUUAUAACCGAAUCACAUCCAAUAGGAAUGCGUGUGCAAAGAAUCUGGUCGACCGGAAGUCUCAUCUGACGCCGGACGCGAUCGAGGACGUGGCGUAUCUCUACUCGGAAUAUAAGAACCUAUCCAAGAAAUUGGUCGAAGCCAAACAGCGCCAGAACUCGCUUGGAAACAAGAUCAAGGAGGCCAUCGGAAGCCUCACUCCAGCAACAAAAGAAAACUCCCAGAAUCGAGCCAAGGACGAGGAGGAGCUCUUACUGAGUACCACUCCGCUGCCAAGCAAGAAGUCGAACGAUUCACUCCAUCAAUCACUCGGCGGGAAUCUAGAGCUUGCUGCCAAGGUAAAGGAUUACCACUCCGAGGCAGCCACACUGAAGGAUGCGAUCUCAAACUUAUCAAAGGAUGGGGUCACCUUGGAACAGCGCCUCUUGGAUUUGGCUACUCAACUACCCAAUGAAAUUCACCCCAGUGUGCCGAUCGGGGCCUACGAGCAAUCCGAGAUCGUCUCUCUAUCCUCAGGCUGUACCCUUUCAGCCGACCCAUUGCCCUUCAACUCCUUCGAACUGCCUUCUCGCCCACCCGACCCAAACCGGGACCAUCUGAAGGUUAUGACUGAGCUUGGGUGGUUAUCGUUUUCAGAUGGACAGAAGACAACCGGGCCGUCGUUCCCCUUCCUGGUCGGAAACGGGGCCUUCCUAGAGCUCGCACUGACACAGUAUGCAAUCUCACUCGCCGUCCGGUCCGGCUGGAAUCUUACCCUGGGGCCUGACAUCGUCCGAACCGAACUAUCAGAUCGAUGUGGGUUUUCUCCCCGGGACGGGGGCGAAUCCAAUCACACUUACUUUGUCUCAACCCACAAGACCAACCAGACCGACUCAGAGGAAGGUGAUCGAUCCUUAGAACACCUCUCGACCCCCAACCUCUGUCUUGCCGCGACGGCCGAAAUUCCCCUCGUGGGCUCCUUUCACUCCUCAACCCUCCCCAACAAGACCUAUCCUACAUUCCCACUGAACCCCAUCCAACUCGUCAGUCUGGGAACCGCUUACAGAGCAGAAGCGGGCUCGAGAGGGAGCGAAAGUCGAGGCUUAUAUCGAAUCCACCAGUUCAAGAAAGUUGAAAUGAUGGCUAUCACCGGCUCAGACCUAACAACGAGUGAAAAGAUGCUUCAAAAGAUGCUCGAGCUUCAGAUUCAAAUCGUUUCUAGUCUAAAUUUACCUUACAGAGUCUUGGAAAUGUCGAGUCAGGAGUUAGGCGCAUCAGCCUAUCACAAGUAUGAUAUUGAGACGUGGAUGCCAGGUCGAGGACGAUGGGGAGAGGUCUCUUCCGCCUCAAACUGUACGGAUUACCAAUCCCGGAGGCUCGGUAUCCGCUCGAAAGCACGUCAGCCAUGUCCCGAUCCGUGCACAGGGCCGGAGGACUCGGCAGAAGGUGGCCGAGAGAGCAAGCCAGUUACGGGCCGGAAAGCGAGCGACAAGCCGGCCUUUGUCCACACCCUCAAUGCAACCGCCGCAGCAAUGCCCCGGCUGAUCGUCAGUCUGAUCGAGAAUGGCGUCAUCCUGGACCAGAACAAUCGGGUGACUGCCGUCAAACUGCCCGCACCCUUGAAAAAUUUUUGGUUGGGUGAAGCCACCAACAUUGAGUGGGUACCUUCUAAAUCGUCGCCUUAACUCAUGUUGGCAGCGUGCCCUCCUAUUUUUCUGGAAAGAAAACUUCAUGUGUAUAUUCAUAUCCACAAAUAUUCGACAUUCUGUUGAUCUUGAUUUUGCCCUUAAGAUGUGCCACUCAAAACUAGAUAUAGAAAGGCAUUUCAGUUCACAUGUUUUUUUCUUUCCUUCAAUUUUUGAGAUCGUUGUUCUUGUCCGAAACCUAUUGAUGCAUUGCUUUGUUUUGGCACGUAUCUGCUGACAUGAUAAUAAGAAACAGAGAUUGUGAGUAUGUAACAUGCAGGCAUUUGCAAAGAUGCGCUGUAAUCAUGUCAAUUCAGCAAAGAUACGGCCCCAAGAAAUCAAGGUUGAUCACUGCAAAUCAAUUUCAAAGCAUCAAUGAAACAAUAGCAAAAAAAACGGUUGAACCAGUAACGAAGUAGAAUC